CCAGUCCGCGACUUUCUUUUUCUUCAGUUCGAGCCUCUUUCGGCUCGUCUCUCGGCACUACCCAGCGGCUUUGUGACUUUCGAUACAUUCUGGAUAAACUUUCCCCCAGGGGAAGUUGUUGUGUGCCAUAAUCCGUUUGCAGAAGACCCGAGCGAACACGUGAAGAACCCGCAGUGUUCCAAGAUCUAUCAGAUAUGGUCAACCACGCCAAACAGCAUUGACAUAUACAUGAUUGCGUAUCGCCGCAUUGGCCAAGAUCUGGCUCCAGUCGUUCUGAAGUACGUGGUGCCAUCAUUUCCUGGCUUCAGGGAAGUUUGCUUGGACAUGGUCCCUAUCAUGCCUCUGAAGCUUCUACCAUUCGAUUGCCAAAACGACAUUCGGUCAAUUGUGGAAGGGCCAGUUAAUCACCCAUCGACGAACAUGAUGAGAGGACGAGCAGUUCUAGAUUGGCACAGUUUCAAUGCUAGAUUGACGGCUCAACGUGAGGCCGGCAUCACAAUCAGCACCAUACGGAGAAUUGACCGGAACAAGCCUCCAGCUGAUGUCAUUGAGCUGGUCUCAACACGGGUCCCCCUGUACUUAAUUGAUUCUGGUAUCAGGGUCGAUGGCGAUGUCGCAUUUCUGUCUGAGGUACAGUGGCACCCAGAUCCACUGUCUACCAUACCAAUUCGCAACGAGACAAAAGAAACUGUUCUUGCCAUGGCUGGUGGAUAUCCGAAGAACGAACCACUUCAGAAUCUGAUGGACGGCAAACUAAGACCUGCAAAUGGCUUGGUCUUUUUGCUAUACGGGUGUCACUCCCUGGGCGUCGCACUGGCCAGAGGCAUUGGAGAACAUCUCCAACGACCCGUGAUGUCCCUUUCCCCGGGGCCCAAACCCAAUCCCAAUCAGGACCUUGAGGAACUAGCGGAAAGAUUUCAUGAGGCACGUUCAUACGAUGCAAUAGUCUUUCUGUCGGGCUGGCAGCGGUCAGUCCUAGACUUUCCUCCCUUUCAUCCCGAUGGAAACUGGAGCGAAUACCUUCGUCGGCUUUUCGACCUUGUACAGGAUCACAGAGGAGUGAUAUUCUGGUCGUUGUCACCUAUCCACCGAACCCGCUUUAACCAACCCGGCUGGAUUGCAAUUUCGCUUUCCGAAGCCAAUGUCAGGGAUUUCUGGAAAACCGAAGUUGCCAAGGCAGGUGUAGCCUGUAUUCUCCAGGAAGACGAUUACAAGAUUUUGGAAGCCUUUACGUCAAACCGCAGGUCUGUCUCCCAGUUGCUUCACGCUGCAGUACGGCUGUCGGCUGCGAAACAAGAGGCCCUGGCGCUCAGUCACAUUCUGAGUAUGGGCAGGAUUUCGGCAUAUGUCCGGGAUUCAGACGAAGACGAGACAGAUAGCGAUGAUCUUUUGAAUUCAGCGGAGACUCGGAGUAUCAUGCAAGCCGACACUAUUUCUCUUUAAAAAUCAGACCAGUUUCUAGGCGUAGGCCCUUGGGUUUAUUAGCUUCCGGUAGGGAGAUUUGUAGAAGUUACAAAGACAAUCUUACAAGUGAAAAAAGGUGUAAAUAGUCGGUCUUAUGUGGUCUGAGGUCCUAUGCUCGGGGUCCAAGUUCGC